UGGACUUGGGGGGUUUGCCUGUCUCUAUAAAAGCCCUGUUUGUGCCCCGAGUGAGCUUCAUUCCCCAUCAUGGAAAGUCAGAGAUUCCAGUCCUCAUACAGAAAGCGUUUUGGGCCCCAGGGUUCAAGCAGCACAGGACCCAGAAUUGGGAGCCUUUCUUCCAGCCGCUUCUCCUGGCAUGGCACCCCUCGCAACCUCACCCACUCUAGCCCAAUAUCCCGGCUGUCCUUGGGCUCAACCAACAUGGCCCUUCUCCUGGGGAGCCCUGCAGACCGGCUGGACUUCUCAGCUGACACCCUGAUGAAGGUCCAGUACAAGGAGACACGUACCAAUGAGAAGAUGGAGAUGAUGGGCCUGAAUGAUCGUUUUGCCAGCUAUAUAGAGAAGGUGCGCCUGUUGGAGCAGCAAAACAAGGUGCUGGUAGCAGAAUUAAACCAACUUAAGGUAAAGGAGCCCAGUCGCCUGGGAGACAUCUACCAGGAGGAGCUGAGAGAGCUGCGUAGGCAGGUGGACGGUCUCACUGCUGGCAAAGCUCGGCUGGAGAUAGAAAGGGACAACCUGGCUGGGGAUGUGGCCACGCUCAAGCAGAGGCUGCAAGAUGAGAUGGGUCUCCGACAGGAUGCAGAGAACAACUUUAAUGCCUUCAAACAGGAUGUGGAUGAGGCAGCUCUAAAUCGUGUGCAGUUGGAGAGGAAGAUCGAUACCCUGCAGGAUGAGAUAAACUUCCUGAAGAAGGCUCAUGAUGAGGAGAUGCGUGAGUUACAGGAGCAGAUCAUGGCCCAGCAGGUGCAUGUUGAUCUGGAUGUAUCCAAACCAGACCUGACUGCUGCUCUGAGAGACAUCAGGGUCCAGUAUGAAACCAUGGCAUCGUCUAACAUGCAGGAGACAGAGGAUUGGUACCGAUCCAAGUUUGCUGACCUGACAGAUGCAGCCAAUCGAAAUGCAGAAAACCUGCGUCAGGCCAAACAGGAGGCCAAUGAAUACCGGCGUCAGAUUCAAGCGUUGACCUGUGAUCUUGAGGCUCUCCGUGGGACAAACGAGUCUCUGGAACGCCAGCUCCGGGAGAUGGAGGACCGAUUCGCCAUGGAGACUGCUGGUUACCAGGAUACAGUGAGCCAUUUGGAGGAGGAGAUCCAUGCACUGAAGGAGGAGAUGGCGAGACACCUGCAGGAGUACCAGGACCUUCUCAAUGUCAAACUGGCCCUGGAUAUCGAGAUUGCCACCUACAGGAAGCUGCUGGAGGGAGAAGAGAGCAGGAUCACCAUUCCAGUUCAGAGCUUUUCUAACCUGCAGUUUAGAGAAACCAAUCUGGACACUAAAACCCCAGAGGCCCACGUGAAGAGAAGCAUCCUGGUUCGAACUGUGGAGACCAAAGAUGGGGAGAUCAUUAAAGAAUCAACAACUGAACAUAAAGAUCUUCCUUAAAGUUCUACGACCAACUCUCCCUUUUUUUGUUUCUAAACCCCAAAGCUGCCCUAUCCGAGUCAUCACACAAUUCAUUUCAUCUGCAGGCUAAUGUGUUUACUGCCCUACAACCAUGAUAUAA